AAAAGCUUCAAUCGGAGCUCUGCCCUUAUCAGACAUCAGACAAUCCACACGGGUGAGAAACCUUAUGAAUGCUCUGAGUGUGGGAAAUGCUUCAUCGAUAGUUCAGCCCUCAUCUCACAUCAGCGAAUCCACACAGGAGAAGCGCCCCACACAUGCUCAGAGUGCGGGAAAAUCUUUAGUUGGAGCUCACACCUUAUCAGACAUCAGAGAAUCUACACAGGAGAGAAGCCCUACACAUGCUCAGAGUGCGGGAAAAGCUUUAGUCGGCGCUCUGCCCUUAUCACACAUCAGAGAAUCCACACAGGAGAGACGCCCUACACAUGCUCAGAGUGUGGAAAAAGCUUUAGUCAGAGCUCACACCUUAUCAGACAUCGUAGAAUCCACACAGAAGAGAAGCCCUACACGUGCUCUGAGUGUGGGAAAAGCUUCGGGCGGCGCUCUCACCUUAUCACACAUCAGAGAAUCCACACAGGACAGACACCUUACUUGUGCUCUGAGUGUGGGAAAAGCUUCAAUCAUCGCUCUGCCCUUAUCAGACAUCGUAGAAUCCACACAGGAGAGAAGCCCUACACUUGCUCUGAGUGUGGGAAAAGCUUCGGGCAGCGCUCUGCCCUUAUCACACAUCAGAGAAUCCACUCAGGACAGACGCCUUACAUGUGCACUGAGUGUGGGAAAAGCUUUCGUCAGAGCUCAGACCUUAUCAGACAUCGCAGAAUCCACACAGAAGGGAACCCCUACACAUGCUCUGAGUGUGGGAAAAGCUUCAAUCAGCGCUCAAACCUUAUCAAACACAGGAAAAUCCACAUGGGUGAGAAAUCUUAUGGAUGCUCUGAGUGUGGGAAAUGUUUCUUUAAUCGUUCAGACCUCAUCUUGCAUCAGAGAAUCCACACAGGGGAGAAGCCCUAGACAUGCUCUGAGUGUGGGAAAAGCUUCAAGCACAGCUUAAACGUUGUCUCACAUAGGAGAAUCACACUCUGAGUGCAGGAAAAUCUUCAAUCAGCGCUCAAGCGUCAUUAGACAUCAGAAAAUCCACA